AUGGCGACAACAGAAUUUGUAAAUUCGGUCCAAGGCGAUGCCACCGGCACACAAAUAUCGCCAGACAGCCCACCGGGCGACGAAGGAACCCCACCGGGGAAGCCUCAACUUACUGAAUCGACUAUGCUACAGCAAAUGCACGAAUUCCUCGGCAAAAUAGUGGAACAUUUGCCGAUCGGAAAAGCUGCGAGCAAGAAACGCGCGAAGAGGUCAAAACGAAAGCGCUCUAGCGAACGCUCUGCUUCGCCCGUAGAUUCAGACUCCGACGGAGAAUUCUCGUCCAGCGAGCCACCGGCAAAGAGGACGAAAGAAGUUGAUGCACGCGACAGCAUUAGUAUCACGGCCUCUGAUGAGGAUAUACGGCAGCUCUUGGGUGAUCCACCGGACAAUUCCGGAAAUAAAAAUGCUGACGAUAAAGUCACCGGCCACGACAAAGAUGGUGCAGACCAGCUGCUAAAAGAGCUCGAAGCUGCGUUGCAAGAUAAAGAUGAGCUGGGGGGACCAGUUAACGAGCAAUUGGCGAAUAUCGCCAUCAAACGAUGGGGAGUUAAAUUAACUCAGGAUAAACUCACAUCAACCCUGGCAAAACACGUCCAGCCCCAAAAUUGCUCAGCUACGAAUGUAGCGAGGGUUAACCCAGAGAUCUGGAGUUCAUUGAAUUCUCUUCAAAGAAAAGACGAUCUUCGUGUUGCAAACGUGCAGCAGGUCUUACAAAAGGUAACAUUUGCGACUCUGGCGAAUGCGAACGAGCUCUUGUCUCUUAAGACUGACACCACGACGGCCACAAAGCAAAACCUUAACGACAUGCUAGCAAAUUGCAUUGAUAUUCUUGCGCUUUUGGGACAUGGCGUCUCCGAAUUGUCCCAACUAAGGCGGGAAAGACUCAAACCUGCGCUUAAAACCGAAUAUCACAGCCUUUGCAGCGCGACAGUAGAACCCGCGUCAAAAUUACUGUUUGGCGAUGACUUGGCAAAACAAAUACGAGACAAAAAGGAAACAAAUCGUAUUGGUCACACUGUCACUUCGAAAUACAGGAACGACACGAAGGCCAAGGAGUGGCGACCUGCGUCAUCAUGGCGGAACAAACAAUACAAUUUCAAAAAUAACUCCUCCGCCUCUGGUUACGCCCAACCUCCUUUUCGAAGGGGCUAUCGGUCAACGAGUCGCAAAAAACAUACAAACCAAACACCAAACGACCGAGGGAAGAAAUAA